GCCAAAAGUGCAAGUUGAUUUGUGGAGUUUACAAUUAACUUUUCAUUUCGCUUACAUUAUACCAGCCACAGAAAUGGCCGAAGAAGAGCAGAUGCCCAUUAUCCCGGUGAAGGAACCGCUAGAUCUAAUCCGGCUUAGUUUGGAUGAAAAAAUCUACGUUAAGAUGCGCAACGAACGCGAGCUGCGUGGACGAUUGCACGCGUUUGACCAACAUCUCAAUAUGGUGCUGGGCGAUGCGGAGGAAACCGUAACGACGGUGGAAAUCGACGAGGAAACGUACGAGGAGGUGUACAAGACAACCAAACGUACCAUCCCGAUGCUGUUCGUGCGUGGAGACGGCGUCAUACUGGUUUCCCCGCCGAUGCGAGUAGGUAGUUAAG